CUGGAUGCGCUCGAUAACAAGUAAGGACAGCAAGGGACGAGACCAUGUGCGUGCGUUUGACCAUGCAAUUCCACACAUAGCCGAUGCCAAGCGAAGAGUUCAGUGUAUUUGGGAGCGAGUGCACACCGAACGCAAACGAUGGAAGAGGAGGAGGAGAAUUGUGUGGGUGGGGUGGAUCCACGGAGCUCGCUGAAGCGAGCAGGGCCACGCCAUUUGUGGCAAAGAAAGAGAGACAUAAAGUGACCGAUCAUGAAACCCACUCUCUCCGACUGCAUGACUGUUGUUGUAUCAUCGCAGUCUCGAUGAUUACUGGCCGAGGCUGACAUUUCUCUGAGCGUACCGAUUCCUUCGUCUUGGACCGAGCGAGUGAGUGGGUACGAGAGAGAAGUCCUGCCGCAAGUCGUGAGUCAAUUAUGGAGCAGACUUUGGUGGCACGGGGAGGAGGAGGGGUGCAUGGCAUCUUUCGCCCCGCUGGACGCACCUUCGCUUCUUCCGCCCGCACCGGGAUUUCUGCGUUGGCUCGUCUUCAUCUCGCCUCGGCCAGUCGACUGCACAGUCCUCGCAACUCUUGCAGCUCGCACCUUCGUCGUUCGCGUUCGGUGUCCACCUCCUUCGGUAUGUCCACGACUCUGCCUUCGGUUCCAUCGCUCUCGAUUGCCUCAAGCUGGUUGUGCGGGUUUCUCCGUUACUGGGAUAGGGGUAUGUCGAUGUAUGGUGGCCUUCGCUCCAUGCCGUCUGUCUGUCUGUGCGCUGGCGUUAUAUCCAGCCGGAUUUGCAGUUCUAUCCAGGCGAGGAAUCUGCGAAACGGAUUCUAUUUUUGCCAGUUCGAUUCCCACUGCUCUGAAGUUUGUGCAUGCGAGCGAAAUAGUUCCUGGGGUCAUGAUGUUUGACUGAACGUUUAGUUGUUACCUCUGUCCUCAUCCCGGACGCAAGGUCCGCAUUCGCAGGCUUUCCCAGUCUCAGGGUGGGAAGAGUCUCAAGACUCCAGAAGAUAAUGGCCGAUAUGACGACUGAAGCCCCAGCGUCUGGAGAACGCGUUCCUACGAAGACAAUGAAAGUUGUGGACCAUGCUGUCCUGUUCAAAAUGUCAGAUAGUUUGGACGAGUUCCAAGAGAAGGAAAUGCUGGAUGGUCUCCACACAUUGCAGUAUGCAAUCAAGGACAUCAUAUGUUCCAGCGUCGGUCGACUCACCAAGAAGACCCCUGAGGGUUUCACUCAUGGACUCUUCACUCGCUUCAAAUCUGUUAAGGCUCUACAAGACUACUUGGUUCAUGAGCAGAAGGUCGACGUGGCUGACAAGUUGAUCAUUCCCUUCUUCAGUGAACCCAACGGUAUAGCCAUGACGGACUUUGAGUGCGAAGUAGAAAACGACUUGGAAGCAGUUUUCCGUCGUGGAGACAGGUUUGAAUCUGGACUAGAACACUUUACCUUCUUUAAAUUCAAAGAUAGCACAUCCCCAAACGUGGUGGAUCAAACCCUGAACUUUAUGAAGACCGUUGGUGUCAAAUUCGGUGACGAGGUCGUCCAGACGACAAUAGGUGUAAAUAUCGAACCUAGAACAACGGCAUAUUUUUCACAUGGUGUCGUUACAAGAUUCAAAUCAGAAUCAGCAUGUGAUGAAUUUAAAAAGUUCGUGGCCAGCGAAGCAAUGUGGACACAGGUGAGGGAUGUAACGGAGAACUUCAUCGAAGGCAGCUUCAGCGUGAGUCCUAUCGGUAACAAACUCAUGUAAAGUAUAGUGGUUGGAUAGAUGGAGGAUUCGUGAACAGUCCUUAGGCUGUGUCUUUUCUCAUUGCCUCUCAAUCAAUAUGAAUCAAUGAAAUAUCACUGAGGGUGUGGAGUCGAAAGUUAUCACAAAGAGAAGUUUGAGACACGUCGACACAGUUCGAAAGAGGAGCCUCAUCCCUCAUUGAACAUAUGGUGGCCACUAAGAGUAAAAAGCUUACUCUUGGACAGGAAAUUCAACCCUCAUUUGUAAUAUGCCCGAUGACCGAUGUGCAGUGGUCAUAUUCCGUCAUGUUUAUGAGUUUUCUGUGAAGUCCAGUAAUUGCACUUUCCAAUUCGCUGAUUUUCUAAGUCC